AUGGCGGGCGAUGAAUACUCCAUCGGCGGUGGCAAGCUCAAACUCAAAGGGAGCAAAGUGAGUGGGGGGCGCAUAGAAAAGAAGAAGAAGAAGAGUUCGAAGAAGAAGGAGGAGGACAAGCCGCAGAACCCAGAGGACAAGCCCAAGAAUGCAGAUGCCAACGCGGAGCAAAGGCUAGCGAAAACAAGCGACGAACAAGAGGAGAGUGAUAGGCCAGAAGAGGAGAGAGAACGUGAUGCGCCUGGGAAAACAGAGACCGAGAGGAAAUAUGAAGAAAUUCGACGGAAACGGUUACACGAGCGACUUCAACGGGAAGGCGUCAAGACUCACAAGGAGCGUGUGCAAGAGUUGAACACGUAUCUCAGUCGAUUGAGUGAGCAUCACGACAUGCCGAAGAUCGGACCGGGCUAA